CACCGAAUUUACUAGAUUUAGUGGCUAGCGAAAGAGUGGGAUCUGAUUCCCCCAUGAGUUGAUCUUUUUCGGUUUUGGACAUUUUGUCAUCUCUUGUACAAAAAAAAAAAAUUAGUCAACUGGUUUUUAUAAUUAAGACUGGACGAAGUAUAACGAAAACGAAGCAAAAAAAAGGUUUUAUGUAAAUAAUACCCCUCCACAUUUGUUAUAGAAAAUCAUACAAACGUCAAAGGAGGAUGAGAUAAUUUUGAUAUGUGACGCGACUCUCCCACCUUCACCAACAUGGGAACGGUUGCGAUGGCGGUUUCGCAAUUAUGGGCAAAUGUGGGAGCCGUCGUGCUCGAAAUUAGAGGGUGCGGCCACAACAACCAAAUCGAACCAGAAGCGGCAUCGGAGCCGCCGAGUCGGAAACUAAAAGGAAGCCCUCGGCUGAACCGCUGGUCGAGGGCUCGAGCGCUUCGCUCCGGUCGCAAAUUAGACCGCCCUACUCCCCAAAUUCAGACCGUCCAAUCCGAUGCUUCUCUACCUCCCAUCACUCUGUCUCCUGAUACAGAUGCGUCUGAUAUCGACGGCGUGGAGGUGAGGGUGUCCAAGUCCAUUUAUAUAGUCUCCGACGGAACUGGUUGGACGGCCGAGCACUGCGUUAACGCUGCCUUGGGUCAGUUUGAUUACUGCUUGGUCGAUCAUGGAUGCCCUCUCAGUACCCACUUGUUUUCUGGGAUUGAUGAUGCGGAGAAAUUAGUGGAGAUCUUAAAGCAGGCAGCCAAGGAAGAUGCUUUGGUUGUGUAUACUUUAGCUGACCCUUCGAUGGCUGCAUACGCUAAGCAGGCUUGCAAGUUAUGGGGUGUACGAUCCACUGACGUAUUAGGUCCAAUAAUUGAGGAAAUUUCUUCUCAUCUUGGGGUCUCACCAUCUGGGCUUCCCCGUGGGGCUUCUGGCCGGAACCUUCCACUUUCUGAUGAAUACUUUCGCCGUAUUGAAGCUGUUGAAUUCACCAUCAAGCAAGAUGAUGGGGCAUGUCCCCAGAAUUUGGCCAAGGCUGACAUUAUUCUUACUGGUGUUUCGCGGACUGGCAAGACGCCAUUAUCAAUUUAUCUAGCACAAAAAGGUUACAAAGUGGCAAAUGUACCCAUUGUGAUGGGUGUGGAAAUGCCAAAGACUCUUUUUAAGGUAGAUGUAAGCAAGGUUUUUGGCUUAACUAUAAACCCCGUAGUCCUGCAGAACAUAAGAAAAGCAAGGGCUAGAACUCUGGGAUUCAGUCCAGAAUCAAGGAGCAAUUACUCAGAGAUGGAUUAUGUUAGACAGGAACUGGAAUUUGCGGGAAGACUCUUUGCUGAGAACCCUGUCUGGCCAGUGAUUGAUGUGACGGGAAAAGCAAUAGAAGAAACUGCAGCGGUUAUAUUGAGGCUCUACCAUGACCGGAGGCAAAAGUUCAUGAUGCCAAGGAUCUCAAAACGCUAUUAAAGGUGACAAUUUUGUUUGCCUGAUGUUAAACCACUAGUUGUAAAGUCUCGAAUUGUAUAUUGUGUAAUGUAGUUAUAUAAUGCGAAUUUCAUUAUUCCAUAUCAGUGUAUAGUAGAGGAGGGUAAAAUGUUACCAUCAAUUUUAAAGUUUUGGUCCACAAAUGCUUGCUCUUA